GAUGAGGAUGAGGCAGCGCUGGCGGCGGGUGAGGAGGCGCAGUUGGCGGCGGCGCUCGAGGAGAGCGCGAGGCUGGAGGAGGAGAGGCGGGCGCCCGACGAGCAAGCGUCGUCCUCUUUGGCUGCAGAGAGGCCGCCUUCGGUGGAGGAGGAGGAGCCGCCGGCCGACUUCGUCUGCCCAAUCACGACCGAGGUCAUGAGCGACCCGGUGAUGGCGGCGGAUGGGCAGUCGUACGAGCGGACGGCGAUCGAGCGCUGGCUCGCGACCAAGUCGACGAGCCCGCUGACGGGCGAGGAGCUAGAGUUCACUCGGCUCUUCCCAAACCACACACUCCGCCGGGUGAUCCGACAGUGGCAAGGAACCGCUCGCAGCUGA